GUGGAAAUAGGGGAAGGGGUCAGAUUUAUCCUGAUGGUAGCAAAAGUAACAAUACAGUUUAUAAUGCUACGGCAGGAGGGAUAAUAAGCAAAAUUUUACGAAAAGAAAAAGGGGGAUACGAAAUAACCAUAGUGGAUGCAUCGAAUGAACGCCAAGUAAUUGAUAUUAUCCCUCGAGGCCUAGAUCUUCUUGUUUCAGAGGGCGAAUCCAUUAAACUCGAUCAACCAUUAACGAGUAAUCCUAAUGUGGGUGGAUUUGGUCAAGGGGAUGCGGAAAUA